AUGAAGAAAUUACCACCUAAAAAGGUCUGGGUUCCUAAACCCAAAGGCCCAGUGGUGCUGGGUGGAGUUACAGCUGGUGUCCAAGAUAAUCAAAAGAGGGAUUCUGAAGUUCCUUCAAUUCAAGAGCAAGAGCAGGCUGUGGAAGCUGCUCAGGGUCAGAAAGAAAUUUCAGUCCCAGGUAAAGAGAAGAGUGGAGCUGAAGCUAUAGUAGGUGGAUCUUCAUCUCAGAAGGAUGAUGUCGCAUGUAAGAAUGUAGGAAAGGGACAAGAGAAGACUAUUAUGCUGGGAGUAGGGCUGAAGGAGAAAGCAAUUGAUCAGCAGCAGGGGUUGUUUGGACUCCUUAAAACAAGGGUUAAGACUAAGAAUUUUUCUAAGGUCUUCCCUAAUGUGUGUAAGGAUUGGGCUGUGGUUACUAACUACCAGUUUCAUGCUGGUGGGAGAAUUUGGUUCAUUUGGCUACCUUCUGUGUUUGUGGUAAAUGUUUGUAGUUGCUCUUCUCAGUAUAUUCACUGUGAAGUGCUGCAUAGAGCUUCUGGAGGGGUUUUUGAGGUCACCAUGGUGUAUGGUGCCAAUGAUGGGGAGGUCAGAGAGGAAUUAUGGAGGGAUUUGGUUAGAUUGAGCAAGAAUGUUAAGGAAGCUUGGGUUGUCACGGGGGAUUUUAAUAGUGUUUUGAAUCUAGAGGAAAGAUUGGGAUCAGCUGUCACACUGAGAGAGGUGGAACCAUUUAGGCAAUGUAUUAGACUUUGUCAAAUACAGGAUCUUCCUUUUUCAGGGCCUUAUUAUACAUGGUCUAAUAAACAGGAAGGAGACCAGAGAGUUUUUUCUAAAAUUGAUAGAGUUCUUGCUAACUCUAGAUGGGUAGACAAGUUCAGUAAUGCUAAUGUCAUGUUCACUCUUGAAGGUAUUUCAGAUCAUUGUGCUGGUGUUUUGAAACUGGAUAGUGCUUUGAGUGUGAAGGCUAGACCUUUCAAAUUCUGUAACAUGUGGGCUAUGGAUGAAUCUUUCUUGAAUAUUGUGCAACAUGGCUGGCAGGAGAGAAUUGAAGGUGCUCCCAUGUUCAGGGUGGUUAGCAAGUUGAAGAAAUUGAAGCAGAGCUUGAGGAAUCUGCACAAAAACAAAUUCUCUCAAAUUGAGAAUGAUGCUGCUAUUGCUUUGAUAAAGUUGCUAGCAGUACAGAAAGAUAUCCAUAGUGAUCCUCAAAAUGGUGAUUUACAUAGAAAAGAGGAUGAAGCUAGGAGUGUCUAUGAAAAUUUGAAUAAAGCCAAGAUGAGCUUUAUGAAGCAGAAAAUGAAGCAAGAUUGGAUCAAGGGUGGGAUGAAAAUACUAAGGUAUUUUACCUUCUUGUUGGGAAAGAGAAGACUCUAG